AUGAAAAGUAAAGAUCUUCAACUAGCCGCAAGAAAGAAAUAUGAAAAUGGUGAUGGUCCAACGAAAAUUUACCGCGAUUUAGCCGGAGUUGUUUCAUUAAGAACAAUUCAGUUAUGGGUUAAAAUGCUCAACGAAACAGGCUCUAUCGAUCUGUCCCAUUCCCCUGGUCAUCCACGCACAGUACGAACAAAAGUAAAUAUCUCAAAAGUUAAAUACCGUCUUGCUCAGAAGAAACAGAUUUCAUCAAGACGGUUAGCUGCUGAGAUCAUACAAGAAAAUCAAACAACCAAGGCUCACUGA